AUGAUCGCUGGCGGAAUCUUUGCUCAGCUUGCCGUCGUCCUCUGGACUACGUCAUUCUGCCUGGCUCAUCCUGUGGGCACGUUGCCAGCUUGGUCGAAGUCGCAGGGCCUCGUCCAUUCCCGAGGCUUGGAACAGAAGGACAGCGUUCGCGCCACUCUCAAUGCGCGCGCAGAUAAUGGAGAGCCAAGUCAGCCAGUGGCUAAGCCGAGAGGAAGCCCAGCUCAAGUGACCUGGCAUGCGCCAACGCUUGAAGGGAUCACCAACCCGGAUGCGCGCGAGGUCAUAAACAACAAAGUCAGAAAGUGGAGUGCAGAAAGAACCCGCAUCAGCGGCGUUCACAUCAAGAGUAUCGAGCCUACUGGAGGUAGCAGUGGUCACUUUUACGAGGCUUUGGUGGAUGUGUACGAUUUGAACUGGAACAACCUUGGAAAUCACGCCAUUCGUUUCAAGACGUCGGUUCCUCUGCACUUGUAA